UAUGGAGAAAUGAUAAAAAUAAGAGUAAUAUAUGUAUAUGGCAAUAUAUCUAUCUUAAUCAAAGCCUUUUAUUUCGAUUAUAUUAUUUAUUAUAUAUAUAUAUAUAUAUAUAUUGUCGGACAUCCUGUAUAUAUAUAUACCAUCGUUUGAGUGAGCUUCCUUUAGCGGAAAAACUUAUUCACAUUCACAGUCACAGCCAUGACUUGCCCGCAGCUUAUUUCCGAUUACAGUACUCCAAAAAUUAGUUGGUAUCAAACAGAUCUUACAGUCAUCAUUCGCAUUCAUUUAAUUGAUGUAUCUAAUUAUUAUGUUCGAGUCGAGGAUGAUCAUUUGCUCUUUAGUACAGAAAUAAACAGUAAAAAAUACCAUCUCAUCCUGUAUUUGUUUGGAGCAGUAAUAUCGGAAAAGACGGUACACAAAAAUGUUGGAAGGGAAAUUAAAAUCUACCUUACAAAAGCACUCAAAUGGUAUCCAUGGUUAAGAUUGAUUAUUUCCAGAGAAAAGAAUCCAUUUAUAUCAUUCGACACAGAUCAUAUACAUGAUACAGAUAAUGUUAGAAAGAGAAAUAUUUUUAAAGCUAGGGAAAGUAUUGAAGAGUAUAAACGCCGAAAUUUCAUAGAACAUAUAAUGCCGGUCGUACCGUCUAGCGAUGAAGAAGACUCUGAUGAUGACCAGUUUGAUUUCUUCCGAUAUGCUUAAUAAGCAUUUUCAAUCUUUUUUCUUGUUGCAUUUGCGACGUAAAGAAAAAAAAAGGAUAAUUAGGUUUGAUAAUCAUUUUUUAUAAUGAAGUAUUUCAGCUUUUUAGUAUUAAUCAAAAUAUAUGUACAAUAUAUUUUAGAAGGCUUCUAAAUUCUUUAAUAAGUUUUGAAGAUUGUUUUAUCUGUGAAUUGGGAAUAAUUAUUUGUCAAUUUUCUCUCUCUUAUUCCCCUCCCUCUUUUGUCAAUUUUCAACACUUAAUUUUGUGAUAUAAUAAAAUCAUGUUUUGUACUGUUAAUUGAACUAUAUGUUGUUACAUAUAGUUUAAAAUAAAUAUAUAUAUUUUUUAUG